GAAAUGACGACUACACAUUUGUUCCAGCGACGGCUAGUGGGGACAUUUUAAAUUAGCAAACUGUGCUAAAGCGGUCGGAAAGUCGAGAACACACAGCAUUUAUUCUAUAAAAUUUCAAAGAACCUCAUCUUUUCCUCAUGAAUAUGGUGCUGCGAGUCUGAGAUGUUCCAGAGAACACACACAUGAGGACAGAUUUGAACCAGGUCAACUGCCCCUGUUUAUCACCUAUCAACUGCCACUUCAGAGACUCCGCCCCUGGCCCCGCCCCCCAGAGAUGACUGAUGCCCAGAAGGCCAACGAGCUCCCUGAAUGCCCCACAGAGGGCGGGGCCACAGCAGAGGAGCAGGACAUGCCUCUGAGACAAGAGACCACACCCACUAGCUCUCCGGCGUGCGACGAGCCAAUCAGCUCGCAGAGUCCCGACAAACAGCCGGCCCCUGGCCUGCUCUCCAUGCCAUGCUUACUAAAGGAGCUUCAUAGAGACUCCGCCCCCGGGCAGCCGUCGGAAACAGACCCGCCCCCGGCCGCCGCCCAGUCUUGUGCGCAGGAAGACAGCGAUUCUUCCGUCUGCCUGCGGUCGCCGUCCUCCUCCGGUCAUCUGGGAGACUCCGACACGCUUUCGUCGGCGGAGGAAGCGCCCGCGCCCGCUCAGACGGCCGGCAGGAAGUCGCGGCGUUCGCAUUCGGAGAGCGACACGUCCUCCGUGGCCAUGGCGGCUAAGAAGAACCGCUGCCAGGAGAAGCAGGUGAACGGGCGCGUGCGAGUCAGAGGUCCACGCAGCCAACAGCAGAAGCAGCGCAUGCGACAGCUGCGACAGAAACGAGAGGCGGCGGCCCGACGCAAACCUGAUGUGCUCCAGGACAGCAGCACCAGCGACAGCGACAUCACAGCCCACUCGUCAUCAUCCUCGCCGUUAACGGCGUCAUCCGACAACGAGGGAGAGACAAUCAACUCUCACGCACCAGUGGGUCCUGCAGUGAUUGGACACUAUGAUAUUUCAGACACUCACUCCGAACAGGAACAGCAAUCACAGUCGCUCUCAGGUGCAGUAGAAGUCCAGCCAUCUCAGGUGAGUCUGGCAUCCACAGACAGUGAAGUGGAGAUCGUUGGAGUUCAAGAGAACGCCAGCGUGGUCUCAAGGUUUCCUCGCGGUGGAGUGAUCCAGUCGCUUUCUUCCUGGAAGCAGAGAGCUCCGGCUCAAUGGACGUCCGUCUCGGCGCAGUCCGGCUGGGUUCCUCCUCCUGAGGUGGUGGAUCUGACACUGGAUGAAGACCGGCACAGAUACCUGCUGUGAUCAAACACUCUCACACACACAUAUACACCUACGCUUAGAUACACACCCAUAUACUUGUGACCGGUGGGCUGAGUGACUCAAACCAUAAUGACUGUUGAAUCUAAGAACACAGAAUGAUGCUUUUAUUAAACGAAAAACACUUCAAACUGCUCAAUGUUUGCUUCUGAAACACUUUGAUAUGCCUGAUUCAUGAUUUACUACUGUGAGACAGCAAUGUGAGUAAAUGACAGCAGAUUUUAUAGGGUGGUAAUGGUUAAUGAGCAAAUACUGUACCAAGUUCUCCCACGAUAAAGUCAGGUCAUACUAAAAAUAAAAUACGGGGCUUCCUUAUAGAAAUUAAUACUGAAUGUAACUGGGUGAAUCUCACAAAAACUGGUUAUAUUUUACUCCGAAAUCAAGAAUAUGGAAUUUAUAUUUUAUAUACAAAUAAAAGCAUCAAGGCUGCUUUUAUUUGAUUAAAAAAUACAGUAAAAUCAGUAAUAUUGUAAAAUAUUUUUGCAAUUUAAAAUAACUGUCUUCUAUAUAAAUAUAUUGUAGAAUGUAAUUUAUUCCUGUGAUGCAAAGCUGAAUUUUUAGCAUCGUUACUCCAAUCUUCAUCCUUCAGAAGUCACUCUUAAUAUGCUGAUAUAAUAUUUUUAUUUAGUAAAGAUGCAUUAAAUUGAUUAAAAGUGACUUUAAACGCAUUUAAAGAUUAAUUUCUGAUAAUAACCAGAAAUGUUUCUUGAGCAGCAAAUCAGCAUAUUAGAAUGAUUUCUGAAGGAUCAUGUGACAUUGAAGACUGGAGUAAUGAUGCUGAAAAUUCAGCUUUGCAUCACAGGAAUAAAUUACAUUUUAACAUAUAUUACCAUAGAAAAUGGUUAUUUUAAAUUAUAAUAAUAUUUCGCAAUAUUACUGAUUUUAUUGUAUUUUUAAUUAAAUAAAUGCAGCCUUGGUGAGCAGAAGAAACAUUUUUGAAUUAUUUUGUCAUUUUUUUAAAUAUUAUAAUUUGAUGAAAUAUUUAAAAUGUUGUACUGAUUUAAAUUUUAAAAAUACAAUUUUUUGUUAUAAUUAUUAUUACAAUAAUUUUAUCCCUAUGUUUUUUUUUCUGUAAUACAGUAAAUCACUAUGAAUGAAGUCAGGGUAAUCAUUGAAAAUAAUGAAUUUCAGUAAAUAAAUUUAAAAGAAAAACAUGAUUUUUUGGGGAGGUUAAAGUGUCCAAUUUAAAGUGUUAUUCGUCCUAAAAUUUUUAAUUAUUUAAUUUAUUUUUUUCCUUUAUGUGAAAUAUAAUUGACAUUUGAUUUGGAGAUGUUUUCGUGAGAUUCAUCCGAAAAAGUUUACUCGCUCAUCAAACCUCAGUCAUUUCAUAAGGCAAAUCAGGGCUGUUUUCACUUUCUCAGAUCCUCAGAUUUCAACAUCUUCUCUUCUUUUGAGUCACUUCGCCCCCCUGAAAAAAACAGCCACACUUACAUGAUCCUGCUGUCGGCCUCAGGAGUCGCUUGCUGAACCCCCCGGCCCCUGUUUUUUGUGAUGUAACUUCCUGUUAAGCUGCUGAAGAGCUGUUAACCGAGACCUAAAAACGCAAACCUGCUGGUCCUACUCUCAGCGGAGCGAACGCUCCACUGCUCUGCGUGCGUGAGAUCGUGUGUGUUCACUGUCAAUCAUUUAAUGCUGCUCUGCUGUGUGGGGAGAAAAGCCUUGGAGUGUGUGUUCCUCACCCGAUACUGCUUUCACAAUACGUUUGCGUGCGUGCGUGCGUGCGUGUGUGUGUGUGUGUAUCCUGAGCAUUAGAGUUUUUCAGAGCAUGUUCAUUACAUACAUCACGCAUUGUAAUAGAAACGGGCCCUUGCUUUUAUUAUGCCAAUGGAAUUUCUUAUUCAGAUACACUAGUGGUCACAAGUUUGGAAUCAUUACAAUUUUUUGUUUUUGAAAGAGUCUUCUGCUCAUCAAGCCUGCUUUUAUUUGAUGUAAAAUACAGUAAAAAUGUGAAAUAUAAUUUAAAAUAACAUUUAUAUGUAAAUCAGGGUUUGUACAAGGUGCUUAAAGUAUUUAAAUUUGACUUUUUGAAAUGUAAGGUCUGAAAAAUCCUUGAAAAUAGCAAUAUUCCUGAAGAGGUACUUGAAAAGUGUUUGAAUUAUUGAAACACAAUUUGUCAAUAAGCACAUCUUCUCUCAAAAUACAAAACACAUCAUACCUUUUUAGCUUAUUUCAGAUACCGUCAAAAAAAAACAAAAAAACAACCGAGCUAGGCAAUUAGUAGUACUGACAGUGUUGUGUAAAAAUGGCUGAAGAUGCGAAAAAAGCAACUGAUGAACCGAAUCAAUUGAGUCAUUUACGGUGAACCACUCCGGUUGACUCAAACUCGGGACUUUGGUCAUUCAUUUCAAGCGAUUCACUAGCAAAUUAAAAGAGCCAUUCAUUUUCGAAUUUUAAUAUCGCUUGUAACUAUUUUAAAAAAAGCACGUAGUGAUGGGUGAAACGGAGCUUCUCGAAUCUCCGAAUCCGUUAAACUAUUGUGUCGCAAAAUGAUUCACCGUUUCGAAUCGCUCCAAUUGGAUCGCGUAUCGCAAAUCAUUUGUUUCAGAUCAGGAUUUCAAAUCAGGAUUUCAAAAAGUAAGUAUACACAUACAAUUCUCUUAAGAAAAUUAAUCAUGACUUUACUAUAGUAAAAGUGUAGUAUACUUUAGUAGUAACACUUCACAUGUGCUUCUCUUUAUUUUUGCCAUUUUUGUAUUAGUAUAUUUUUAUUUAUUUAUUUGUCUUUAUUUUAGAAUUCGAAAGACUUAAAUACGAUUUCUGAUUGAAGUCCUUGAAAAUCAAAAAGUAGGGCUUGAAAAGUCCUUGAAAGUCCUGGAAUUUCAUUUUACAGUAUAUGUAUAAACCCUGGUAAAUAUAUUAAAAAAUAAAUUAUUUUUAUGAUGCAAAAAAAAAAUUUCAACAUCAUUACUCUAGUCUUAAGUGUCACAUGAUCCUUCAGAAAUCAUUCUAAUAUGCUGAUAAAAUAAGUAAGGAUGCUUUUAAUUGAUUUAAAGUGACAGUAAAUGUAUUUAAAAACUGUUUUCAACACUGAUAAUAAUCAGAAAUGUUUCUUGAGAAGCAAAUCAUAAUAUAAAAAUGAUUUCUGAAGGAUCAUGUGACUCUGGAGACUAAAGUAAUAAUGCUGAAAAUGCAGCUUUGACUCACAGGAAUAAAUUUCAUUUUACAAUAUAUUCAAAUAAAACACAGUUAUUUUAACUUAUAAUAAUAUUUCACAAUAUUACUGAUUUUAUUAUAUUUUUAAUCAAAUAAAUGCAGCCUUGGUGAGCAGAAGAAACGUCUUUAAAAAAAAAAAAAAAAAAAAAAAAGAGUUCCAAACUUUUGAACCAUAGUGAAUCAUCUUCUUGUGAAUACAAUCAAUGUGUGUUGAGAAAAAGCAGUGAUUUUUGUUUUCUAAAUGGGGUCUAAUUUGCAUAUAAACUUUGUAAGCAGUUUAACCACAACUUUGUUUUAUAUAAAUGUUUCUAUGGUCGCAUCGUGCUAUCCCAGACACCACUGAAGCUAUUUAUUGAUAUUUGCUGUGUUUUACUUGAUGUUACAUAUAUGAAUCAUUUGUUUCAAAGAGCAAUAUGAAUAUGCAUCUUGAAAACUGUGCAUAUUAAAGGGAUAGUUCAUCCGAUAAAUGAAAACGGUCAUUAUUUAUUCACCCUCAUGUGUUUCAAACCCAUAUGACUUGGCUUUGAAAGAAUAUUCAUGCUGAUUAUUUUCCAUUAAAGUAAAGUAAGCUGCAUAAAAGUGGUCCAUAUGCAGCACGCAAGUCAUACAGACAAAUUUUAUGGUGCUUUAUUGUCAUUAAAAAAAUUAUAUGGAAAAGACCAGCGUGAACAUUCUUCAAAACAUCUCCUUUGGAAGAAAAGUCAUACGGGUUUAUAAUUACAUUAAGGUGAGUAAAUAAUGACACAGUUGGGUACACCGUCCCUUUAAGUUUGAGUCUUGGCAAUAUAUUCAGUCCGUAUGCCGUUGCCGAUGGUUUUUUUGAUUUUCCUUUUGUUUGUUCUUCCUCACGAUUGUCACUUGUCAGACCACUGUGUGUGAGGAGCACUCACUACCUGAAUGUGAAUUACUCUGCUUCAUUCAGCUUGUGUAUCGCCCUCAAACCCUGCAGGACAUUUUAAAGGCAGGUUUUGAAGCUGUGCCGGUGGCCAUUUUGGCUCCCUUAGCCCCGCCUUAAACUGUGACCCGCCCCUCAAAGAGUUUGAUUGGUCCUUUGCAUCUGUCAAUCACCGGAGGUGACUAACAGCUUACUGAAAAAGGGAUAACAAAGUUCCAAAGCAGGAAAACAGAUAGUACCAGAGAAAUUUAAAGGGAUACUUCUUCCAAAAAUUAAAAGUGAUCAUCUUUUACUAGAUCUCACAUCAUCUGAAAUGGGAAUUUCCAUUCUCAAGCAUACAGAGUUUGUCUUUGCCCUCAAUAGUAAAGGCAGUUGCUGGGUCCCAGCUGCUGUCUCAUGUUCAGGCUGCUUUUGUGAAGGAAAGGAAGUCCUUUCAAAGUUAAGAGUGGGCACAUCUGUCACUAGUGACUGUGGACACACUAGCACACCCAAAAUGUGUCAUUUCUGCUCUUCCUGUGGAGACGGUCCUACACCCUCCAGGAUGAAAGAGAUGCAUUCAGAGCUGGAGAUUUAAAGGGAUAGUUCCCCAGAAAUAAAAAAAAUAAUCAUUUAUUCACUUUCAUGUCAUUCUGAAGCUGUACGACUGACUUUUAGUGUUCCACUAAAGGUUUUUAGCACUUAAUCAAUGGGGAAAGAUGUUGUAAAUUUUCAAAAGUGAUUAAAAAAAAGCACCAAUAAACUAGUUGCAACUUGUGCAUUAUGUUGCAAAUCUACUAAAGUCUCAUUUUCAGUGAGAUUCAGUAAAAACAUAAAGAAAUUAAUACUUUUGUUCACUAAGGCUGCAUUAAAUUGAUCUAAAGUGAGAGUAAAGACAUUCAUAAUGUUACAAAAGAUUUCUAUUUUAAAUAAAUGUUUGUUUUUUAACUUUCUAUUCAACAAAGAAUCCUGGGGAAAAAAAUGAAGCAGCACUGUUUUCAGCGUUGAUAAUACUUGUAUACAUUUCUUGAGCAGCAAAUUGGCAUAUUAGACUGAUUUCUGAAGGAUCAUGUGACUAAAGACUGAAGUAAUGAUGCUGAAAAUUCAGCUUUGCAUCACAAAAAUAAAUUAAAUUUGAACAUAUAUUACAAUAGAGAACAGUUCUUUUAAAUUGUAAUAAUAUGUCAAAAUAUAUUUUACUGUAUUUUUGAUCAAAUAAAUGCAGCUUUGGUAAGCAAAAAAGACUUCUUUAAAAAAAUAUUUAAUCCUAUAUUACAUAUUUGUUAUGAGACAAAGAACUAAUACCUUCAGAAAAAAAAAUUGAGCUCAACAGCAUUUGUUCCUGUUAAAUUGUGAUGUAAAAAACAAAAGUCUUUUUGUCUUCCACGAAUAAGGUCGUAUAGGUUUGGAACUGCAUAAAAGUGAGUACAAGAUUAAAUUUGAGCUAUUCCUGCCGUUGUAAAACAUUCACACCAUUUCUUUAAGCAUUUCUAAAUGCUACGUUUCAGAUUUCACAGCAUUGUUCUGCUGCGAUUGGACUUCUAAAGCCUCCAUUAUGAUGACAUCAUAAUGCAUUUUGUGUCUAAUUGUGCGUCUUGUGUUUCCUGCUGGAAUGUUUUGUAAUUUGAUACAGAUUUAAACAUCCUAAAACAGCAAUAAUCCAACAUCCAGAGAACAGAGGGACAGUCCGAUGUGACGCGAGGGGUUUGGGUUGUUCAUUAGGUCUCCACUGCAUUUAAAAAACACUUGCCCUUUAAUUUAAUCAUGUUACUCGACUUUUGUUCAUUUCAUUUUGACAGUAUUUUAAAUUAACAGCAAGAGUGUUAAUAUUUUUUUUGCUUCCGCAAGUCUUUCUUCCUUUGAACAUUUAUGUAGAAUAAAUAAAACUAUUUUAAGAUAAAUAAAUAGAGAUAUUUAAAGAGUAAAACUGUGUUUUGUCAGUGUGUGUCUCUGUGUUUUUAUUAUUAAAAUGAGUUAAACUUGAGUGAGUGUAACAGAGAACAGCCAAACCUUGUAUAAUACAGACUCCAGUGUGGGAAAGCAGCUGGCGACCUUUGACCUCUGAGGGUCACAGCUAGGCAGCUGCCACAGGAGGCUCUGUUCAUCCCUAAUGACAAAGAAAUAGGAGUUUCCCUCAUGCAGACACCCGCAGCUGUAUGCUAAUGCCAGCUCAGUCUGCUGGCUUUACAUCAGAAAAAGUUUUAUGGUACAAACUCAGCUCUGCUAUUUUUAGCCAAGAUGUUAUAAGAGACUUAAUUCAGUCUGAAUAAUGUUUUAAAAAUAAAUAAAUAAAAGUCUCUUCUGCUCACCAAGGCUGCAUUUAUUUGAUCAAAAAUAUGGUAAAAAAAUAUUUUUACAAUUUAAAAUAGCUGUUUUCUAUUUGAAUAUAUUGUAAAAUGUAAUUUAUUCCUGUGAUCGAAGCUGAAUUUUCAGCAUCAUUACUAGUCAUUAUUAGUGUCACAUGAUCCUUCAGAAAACAUUCUAAUAUGCUGAUUUUCUGUUGAAGAAACAUUUCUGAAAUCAAAGAUUUCUGUGGCAACUGUGAUACAUUUUUUCAGGAUUACUUGAUAAAUAAAAACCAUUUAAAAUAGAAAUCUUUUGUAACAUUAUAAAUGUCUUUACUGUCAAUUUUGAUCAAUUUAAUGCAUCCUUACUAAAUAAAAAUAUUAUUAUUAUUUUUAAAACCUUCAAAUUUCCUACAGUGUGACAUCAAGUGUUUUAAACUUUAUUUUGUUAAUUCUAUUAGAAUUAUCUUGCUUGGUUUUGUUAAUUAUGACAUCAUAAAGCUUCUAAAAGCUUUUGAUCUCCUUAUUAUAUGAUGGAAUGUUGCUAUUUUCAUUGAUUCUUAGUUUUCCGAUGUUUGUUUUUGCUGUAACAAUGUAUGUAACACUUUAUUUAAAGAGAUUUACUCGCUACACUCGUAUAAACAGAACACUGUGAGUUAUAAUAUCUCUCUAAAAGCUGUUAUUCUGUCAGUAUGAUCACAUCAAACUGAGGUCAUGAAUUCGCACAUGGUUCAAUGUUAUGUUAAGGUCUUUUAAUUAAACACUAGACUGUUAUAUUGGGUAGAAGUCAAGUAACAUGUUAGAGUACAGCGACUGUUAGAGAAAGGUUUCUUUAUAACAAGCAGUGUAAUUGAUGUUGAAUGAGAUGUGUUACUUUAUAAUUGGAGGAGCAGAGAGAAGGGCCGAGGGUCUUCACAGGGGUCGUGGUGAGAGGUAUGAACAGAAGGAGCAGAGAUAAUCACAGUGUGUGUGUGUUUGGGGGAAGGGGUUUAGGACGGGUAAGGACUGACAUAUGGAGUGUAUAGUCUUUCAAAGCAACCAACCCCCUUUAUGGCCAACAGGCUGUGUCUGUCUGUCUGUGAUUUGCUCAUGCUUUCAAGAAAAAAAUAUUAAAAACAUAAAACAACA